AUGAUACCAAAAAAACUUGGAAGAUGGAGAAAAUUAUGUUCACAAGAUGAGUUUUUACUUUUUCUUAUGAAAUUACGUCUCGGACUUUUAAGCAAUAAACUAGUUGAUAGAUUUAGUGUUUCUCUUGGCACUGUUUCCAAAAUAUUUAAAUUGUGGAUUAGAGGCAUGUCACAGUAUUUAAAAUCAUUUGUUUACUUUCCAGACGAAGAAAAUGUUCGCUUGAACCAUCCUGAUGGUUUUAAAAAUAAUCAAAAACUGCAAUCUGCAAUAUGGUCUGAGUACAAGCACCACAAUAUAAUGAAGUUCCUUGUAUCAGUUACAUCUAGCUCUUUCAUAAAUUUUGUUUCGGAAGCAUAUACUGGAAGAAUAUCAGAUAAAGCAAUAACAUUGGAUUGUGACUAUCUUACAAAAUUCCCUCCUUAUUCUUCAAUCAUGGCUUAUAAAGGUUUUAAUAUUGCUAUUGAGUGUGCUGUUUAUAGGGUUACCUUUAUUUCCCCAUCUGGAAAACGAGGAACUUCUCAAAUGACACCUGAAGAAGUAGUAAAAAGGAGUAAUAUUGCUAAACUCAGAAUUCUUAUUGAACAGAUAAUUAGGAGAAAGAAAAACUUUUUGAAUAAUUUGACAAGGAUUUCCUAUAUCACUUCUUGA